AUGCAGAGUUCAGUGCAGGCACAGCAGGAGAACAUUGUUCUCGAUACCGUGGAUAAUGCAGAUGGCUUGGAGCAGCUUGUGGUCGUUUGUGUUGGCUUGGAUGCUCCUAUUCAGCGCCAUCUGGAAGACUUACAGACACGGUCACGGCUGUAUAGAGGUCUAACGCGGGCGCAACUCUUGGCCAUCGUGGUCAAUGAAAAGGUGCUGGGAGGUUGGCUGGAAUUUUUAGGCAUGGUGACAUUCUCUGAAUCCUCUGAUGAAGCACUUGCAGAGAAGGAGUCUGUCCAAAGUAUCCAAAAGGCAGCUGCCAAAGUCCAUCAAGAAGCCUUGCAGACUCAGACCGUGGAAGAGAGCCAUGCAGAGACCCAUGAUGCUGGCGCAGAGGGCGACGACAACGAUUUUCUUGAUGAGUUUCUGGACAAGCCGAUGCCAGUUUGGGACACCAGCGGCAACACCAUGUCACAGCCGACGGCUUUGCUCUUCAACCCGUUUUCCUCCGCGGAUGAGGUUCCGAUUGCCAUGUUCUCUAUGCGAUGGAAUGAAAGAAACAAAGGUACCGAAAGGCUUUUUCGAGAUGUGGCCGAGCUGCUGCGUGGACGUUGUAUAAGAAUUCUCGCGGUAGAUGCACAGGCCCCUGACUUCGGUGCGGUGACCCUCAGAUAUUUGCACGUGCUGAAGGCGAAAAGAGGCGUGAUGCUCGCCGUCUGCACAGCGGACUACGGAGAGAUGACCACCGAUCCUUUCUCCACCAACAUCCAGCUGACUUAUGCCCUCGACCAUCACAUAGAGAUCCUACCGCUGAAGGUCGAAGAGAUCUACCCGCCCCAGCCGCCCUCUGGCCCGGACCACCCUGUCGACAAACAUCGACUCGGCGAACUCCUCAUCUGGACGGCGAUGCCGCCAGACAAGUUCUACCUCGACUGCUGUCUCAAGACGAAGGACCAAAUCGCGGAUGAAAUUGAAGCGGCUCUGAGGGACAGAAAGGCCGAGGCUCGCAACAUCUUUCCUCGCCUGAGAGGUUCAGGGCUCUACUGUUUAAUAUAG